AUGUUCGCAUACGUGAAAUACGAGGACAAAUACAAGGUUAUAUUGCUCAUCAGCCUUGUGAAGACGUUUUCGCCGAAAAGUGAAGACGACUUUGACAAGACAAAGAAAGUCCAGGCCUUUUGGAGAAGCGAAGAUGGCAAAAUUCAGGGCUACUACCCUGCUUUUGUCUACGCCCUAGCAGGUGACCUGAACACCAUGCGUCUCAAAAUCAAAACAAUGCGGGAGCCAUUUCCAAGAUUGAUUGAUGCCGAUGAGCUCGAAGAAGUGCCUCUGAGAAGGAGAGAGUUGCAGGACCAGCACUCAAACAGAGGUUUAAAAAAGAGAAGACUGGAGGCUGCCCACAUCCUUCAACAGAGCAUAAUUGCUCGCUCUGAAGAGGAUGCUGAAUGUCAGGAGAACGAGCAGCCAAGUGCAAGUGAUGUAUUUGUUGCAGAAUUAAAAAAAAUAAUAGAAAAGAAAGACAAAGAAAACAAAGCUCUCAAAAAGCAGCUACGGGAGGCAAAUGCCUUGAAUGGGAGGCUCACUCGUGCCCUUCUUGACAAAAUUGAGGUCGCUCGAGCCACGGCUGAGAGGCAGGAAGGGCAAGUGAUUGCCGAAUUCAGAUUGCCUUCCUCAUUGGAUGCAGACACAGGGCUUCCCAAAGAAAUGGUGGAGGUUUGUGAUGCAGACAUGGAUGGUGAUGCCACCUGCUUGCUGCCUGGCUCUGUGGUCGAUUGCAGUGCAGCUAUUGGCAUUGAAGACACUCUUACUCACUUGGAGGAUCACAGUGGUAGUUUGGUACCUUGUGAUGAGCAGCAGCAGCCAGCACCAGCAGCAGCGGAACCUGCAGUGUCAGUCACGACGGUGCCUGACAACCUUUUUCAAGUUUUUGGUGGCCAGAUUAAAAUCGGCCAAAACAGCUACAUGCCGCUAGAGAAGUGGCAACAUAUCAUGAAAAACACCACUGAUGGGAGGUUCUGCCUGGAGCUGGCGCGGCACUUCUGGCCAACUGCUGAAGCUGCCAAGCGCUGCCUCACUGGCCAGGCAUGCCGCAGCUACUCCACCGGCCAAGUAAAGCUCCAGGCAACCCCAGAAAAGGUGGACAUGAUGAGAGGGUGUCUGCAGCAAUACAUAUGCACAAAUGUUCAGGCAGGAAAUCCAGAAGAAGUGCGCCUGGGUGCAUUGCGCCGUUACCUGCGGAACUACUUCACUGAAGCGGCGAGACAAGGGAAGCGAGGGCGCAGCACCACGAAAAAAGGAGAGAAUAAAUCUGAUUAGAUGAGCCAG